AGGUCUUUUACCGGGUGAGUUUUAGUGAAUCACUUGGAUCACAUGGUUAUAGGCGAAAGCAAAAUAGAGAAGAAAAAAAAUCGUUUUAGAAAAUCAGUCGUCAUAUGGAAUCAAGUUUGAUAUGGCUGUGUCAACUUUGCUCGCAUUUAGAAAAGGCCUUGUGACAAGUGGUUUUAGAGGCCUAUGGACAUCCAGGGUAACUUUGUCAAGCCAGACAAACACCAAGGAAGAAAAAACAGCCAAUUCAAAUAAACAAGAAACCGAGGAUGAAUAUGAGAAAGGAAUUAAGCGUAAAAUUUUAUCAGCAUCAUUGUCAUUUGUGCCAGAACAUGGUUGGAGUCAACAAGCAAUAAGUGCUGGUGCUGAAUCAAUUGGAUACCCAGGUGUUAUUCAUGGUCUAUUUCCAAAAGGUGGAAUUGAAUUAGUUCAACAUUUUUAUUCCAAUUGCAAUGCUGAAUUAAAUAAAAUAUUGAAAAAUGAGUCGAGUGUUGCUGAUGAGUUGAAAAAAGCACCAAAUGUUUACGUUAAAGAUGCUGUUGAAACUAGACUACGAAUGGUGGUGCCAUAUAAAUCAACUUGGCCACAAGCAAUGGCACUGAUGACACUGCCACCAAAUGUACCAACAUCUCUUGCUAAUUUAUUGACAAUGGUUGAUGACAUUUGUUACUACGCAGGCGACAGAUCAGUUGAUUUCAAUUGGUACACAAGACGUGUUGUAUUAGCUGGAAUUUAUAAAACAACUGAACUUUAUUUACUACAAGAUACAAGUGCUGAUCACAAAGCAACAUGGCAAUUUUUAGAAAGACGUAUUGAAGAUGCUGUUCAUUUACAUGAUGUUUUAAAUUCAACAGAUUUACCACCAGCUGAUCAAGCAUUCAAUCAAGCUUCAGAAGCAGCUAGUGCAGCUUUUAAAACAGCACGUAAUAUACUUGGCUUAAACUGGAAUAGAUAAAAUACAUUAUUUAUUUUUUCAUGUAAAAUCACAGUAUUUAUAAAUAAAACUAGUUAUUUAUAAUUGAUUCAAAAAUUAAAUUAACAAAAUUAAUAUUCUGUAAACACUAUAUUAUUUUUUAUUUUUAUUAUAAAAUAAUUGUCACAGGUUGAGUCAUUGAUGACAUUUAAAUAAUACAAACUCGUAGAAAUAAUAAAUAUAAAAUAUUUCUAUUAAAGAAAAAAAAAAAGAAAAAACUUAAUAGUGCUAAUUAAUUUAGUCAUAAAUUAAAAUGUUGAAAAAUCUAAAUUGAAAAAUGGUCAAUUCAGUCUUGGCAAUAUAAAUGAAAUUAUUUAUUUUGCGCACAGCACCAUUAAUGAAUAACCAAAGUGUCUUAAUUAAAUAUUAUAUUUUAAAUUGUAUAAAUCCUUUUAAGUAUAAUUAUUAUUAUUUUUUUUUUCAUGAUCAAUCAACAAACAAAUAAUAGCAUCUGUUACAUAAUUAACAAUUUUUAUUAUUUAUAUAUAUAAUAAAACAAUCAAAAUUUUUUUUUUAAAAAAAAGCAAUUAAUUAAUUUGAAAUUAUAGGAAAAAAAAUAUAUAAAUAUAUCAUCUAAUUAUUGUCAAUAAGUCUUGGUAAUUUUGAUUAUUACAAAAGAAAAAUUAUAAAUAAUUUUCUUCGAGAAAUUUUUUAAUUUUAUUUGGUAAUGGUAGUUUAUUAAUAUUAUCUAGACGUGUAUUUCUUCUUAUGACAAAUCUACAAAGAUAUUGUAAACUUUUAACUUGUGUAUAACGACUUACUGGUGUUGUUAAACGUACUGGAAAAGCUGGAUGUCCUGGAUAUCGUGGACGUGAAUAACAAUAAACACCAUUUUCACUAAAAC